AUGAAAUUUUUGUCAGUCCUGUGGAUUGUUCUUGUAAGCUCUGCUGUUGUUUCUGCACAACAACCAUGCUUGAACACCGGAUAUUUCAAACCCAAUAGCACAUAUGACACAAACCGUGGCCUAGCUCUCUCUUCUCUUGCUUCUAAUGUCAGGUCAUUUAACGGAUUCUACAAUCUUUCCAUCGGCCUAGGUUCCGAUCAAGUAUAUGGAGCGGCGAUGUGUAUUCCAGGCGCUGAAGCAGGUCUGUGCUCAGAUUGUAUCGACGAAGCGUCAGAGAGGUUAAUAAAGAGUUGUCCAAACCACACAGAAGCUUUUACAUGGUCUGGUGGAGGUGAGACUCUUUGUAUGGUACGUUACUCCAACCGUUCCUUCUCUGGUUCACUCGAUAUGGAGCCUUCUUCGUCAGGGUACAAUGUUCGAGAUAUCAAAUCUAACUUAACAGAGUUUGAUCAAACAUGGAAGGAGUUGUCACUUCGUAUGGUAGUUGCAGCUUCCAUGGGGAAGGACUCAUCGUUAACUGAUGAUAAGUACUAUGCUGCCGAGACUGCGGUCUUGGAAGCUUCUCAGACUAUAUACGCAUUGAUGCAGUGCACUCCGGAUUUAUCUCCUGGAGAAUGUAAAACUUGUUUGCAACAAAGUGUUGAUGACUAUCAGAAGUGUUGCCAUGGGAAGCGAGUGCCUCAACGGCCACCUUCUUUGAAACAACCUGUGUCAAAUGGAACCUUUACAGCCCAAGAUGAUAGUAAAACAGUCUCAAAGGGAAUCAUCUUGGCAUUUGUUGUUCUUGCUACUGUUAUCGUCUUGGUGCUGCUUGCUCUGGGAUUUGCUGUUUGCAGGAGGAGGAAGUCACACCAAUCAUUUUAUUGUCAGUCUGGUAUUGAUAUUACAAGUACACAGUCACUGCAAUUUGAUUACAAGACAAUCGAAACUGCAACAAAUAAGUUUUUAGAGAGCAACAAGAUUGGCCGUGGUGGAUUUGGAGAAGUUUUCAAAGGCGUUCUUCCAGAUGGGACAGAAGUGGCAGUGAAGAGGCUGUCAAAAACCUCAGGACAGGGCGGAGAAGAGUUCAAGAACGAGGCUGUUGUGGUGGCAAAGCUUCAGCAUAGAAAUCUUGUUAGGCUUCUCGGAUUUGUUUUAAAAGGAGAAGAGAAGAUACUUGUGUACGAGUUUGUCCCCAAUAAAAUCCUCGAUCACUUCCUUUUCGACCCUUUAAAACAAGGCUUAGUGGACUGGACAACACGAUACAGUAUCAUUGGAGGGAUUGCUCGAGGAGUUCUUUAUCUUCAUCAAGAUUCACGGCUCAUAUUCAUACACCGUGACCUCAAAGCUAGUAACGUGCUCCUAGAUGCAGAUAUGAAUCCAAAAAUUGCGGAUUUUGGAAUUGCUUGGAUCUUUGGGAUGGACCAAACUCGAGCUGAAACACGUAGGAUAGUUGGAACAUAUGGUUACAUGUCUCCAGAAUAUGCAAUGCAAGGCCAUUUCUCCAUGAAGUCUGAUGUCUAUAGCUUUGGAGUCUUAGUUCUUGAGAUUAUAAGCGGCAAGAAGACUAGCAGCUUAGACCAGACGGACGGUAAUAUUAGCAACUUGGUCACAUAUGCAUGGAGGCUUUGGAGAGAAGGUUCACCAUUAGAGCUAGUGGAUCCGGCCAUAGGAGGGAACUAUCAUAGCAAUGAAGCAACAAGAUGCAUCCAUAUUGCACUGUUGUGUGUUCAAGAAGAUCCUGCAGAUCGUCCGACUUUGCCUUCGACUACCUUAAUGCUCACUAGCAACACAGUUACUCUACCACUGCCUCAACAACCUGGAUUUUUUCUUCCAUAG